UUCUUUUUCAUCACAUCUGCUGCUUGAAAACUUUGUUUUGAAAUGUCUCAAUAAUAUCUGCAAGCAUGACAAAAUUAACAGAGCAUACUGUAUUAGCUAGAACACGAGCACAAGACCUACGAAGUGUUAGAAAGCUGAAUGCAUGGGGCAGUGAGCUCACUGAUGUCAGCAUUGUAAAAAAACUACCUAAUGUGGAAGUUUUGUCUUUAAGUGUUAAUGCCAUAUCAAGCUUAGAAGACUUCUCACACUGCAGUAAUUUACAAGAGCUGUAUAUUCGAAAAAAUAAUAUUUCUGAGUUGGCAGAAAUUCGUCAUCUUAGAGAUCUUCCGAAGUUAAAAAAUUUAUGGUUAGCUGACAAUCCUUGUGCUGAAAGUGAUGAUUACCGACUUACAGUUAUCCGUGCCUUGCCACAAUUGCAAAAGUUAGAUAACAUGCCAAUUCGCCCUGAUGAAAUUGAAUCAGCAAGAAAACAUGGCUAUCCACUUGAAAUGUUACUUCCUCAAGAUGAUAAUAUAGAAACAAGUCCAGUUAAUUCUCAACAUUCAGCCAUUAAAAAUUCUACUAGUUAUGAAGAAAUUUCUUCUGUAAGCCACACAGAAAGUUUCUCAGUUGAAAACACGGCCUUUGGCUCUCCAGUGACUCCUAAUAAUGGAAACGAAUCAUUUCAUGUUGUUAGAAAUGUUGCAAAGCAACCAGAAUCUAUGAAUCAUGUUUCCCAAGCUGCUUAUCAAGAAAGAUUCUCUCAAGAAUCCGUGUAUUCUGAAAGAGAAGAAUGUUAUCAGCAAAUCUGUGCACAAUCAGCAGAAACAAGUCCAGUAACUUCUAAUUCAAAUGUUUGUGCUAAUUUUCAAGAAAAUUUUGAGCGAGAGUUCGUCCAAGAACAGGAGCAAUAUCCUGAAACACCAUCAGGAUCUUCUUCCACAAAAGAACAUUAUUCUCCAAAAUGUGCAUUUGCUCCUCCUUAUAUGCCACGCAUGACUCCAAGAUGUGAAAGACCUACUGCAAUCCGCAUGCUACCUAAGGGUGGAAAAAGCAGAUCUGCCAACAUUUUAUCUGCUGUUCUCUGUUUAAUAAAGGAAUUAGAUUGGGCCAGUCUAGAAGUUGUUGACACAGCAAUACAUUGCCAAAUGGAAGAAUUAGAAGAACAACAACAACAUUCCUCAUAAAUCGAUUAUAACCACUCCAUUAGAAGUUUGUAGCAAAGAUAAACAAUGAACCAAUUCCUCUGUAUGGAAGGUGCCAAUGGUCCAGAGAUUCAUCAUAAAAUGUUGCCACAAAGGAGGAAAUGCACCGUCAUAUAGACCUGUGGAAUGAGAAUAGCCAAUAGCAAGUUGUACAAGCGAGAAUUUCACGAGCUCGAAGAAUAUUGUCAUCUGUAGUGACAAUUGAUAGCUAUCCUAAUCGUUCUUCAAACAUUAUAUUUGUUUAGUCAAUUUUACAUAACUCAAUCUACAAUGGAUUUCUGAAUAUUUGAAACCCUCUGUUAAAGAAAUCAGAUCACUGUUCAUUGUUUUUCUUUGAUGCAAACUUUUAAUAGAGUAGCUAUGAUCUAUCAACGGGGAAAAAAAAAAAAAAAAGGACCACAUUUUCGAAGUAUUAUCACAACAACAUAACAAUACAAAAACCGAAGACAGAAGCACAAUGUUAGAAAAGAU